AUGACUUAUGUACUGCAAAAGGCAAGUCUAAUCUCUGCUGCACGCGCGAAGAAGCUGGUGAAAAACGUGGCUAAAGUGAAUCUCCAUGUCAACGCGCCAUGGGUAUGGGAGAGUAUUAUCCAGCUGCUUGAUGGUGUUGGUGCUUAUAAUGAGAAUGUAGCCUCCCUGCGCGGAUAUGUUAUUAAUACUAUAAGUAAAUUAAACUAUGUAUUCGCAUAUGGGCAGUCAACAGGAGGACCGGCGCAUGAUUUCGCGAACGAAAGGGCCGCAGACCGAUAUAGGAUUCUUGUAAUCCUCACAACCCUCACAAUCCAGGCCGACUCGGCCGAUCCAGAGAUUAUCUAUACUAAGCCCAUCGUCCCAUGGCUUGACUACCCGCAACUAUUAGCAAAUCUAAGGAAGAUAACUUUAUCGAAAAGAAUAUUAAAGCUUUGUGAGAUGGUAAAUUUUUUAAAUUACAUUAACCAGUUCUUGAAGCUUAAAAUACCGUAUAAAGUAAUAAUUUGUCCAUUAAUAGAAUAG